CUGUCAAAUUAAUCUGUCAAACUAAAAUUCAGAUUGAGUUCGCAAGUGUUGGAAUGGAAGGUUGUCAUAGUUGUUUUGAUACGAAUUAUGCAAUAAAACUGCGAUAGUCGUGUGUGAUCAUUAUUGCGACACACAGCAAACGAUGUCUCACGAGACGGAUCUUGUAAUAUCAGUGCCGCGUUCCCGUAUAAAUGAAUUUUACUGCAAAUAUUAUAAUUUAGUUGAAACAUUUUACUGUGUCACACUGUCUGAGAGUAAAUUGUGUUCCGCGAACGAAAAACCUGAUUAUGUGUAUUUCAACGUCACGUUCAACUUGAAUCCAGCAGAUGGAAGUUUCAAUCCGAAGGAAUUGACUGGGAGAAUACAGAAAUAUGUGGAGUCAUCAGUGGGGUGCGCAGGAGAGCGCGGCGAGGAUUCCAGUUAUGACUCGGAGUGUGAGGAUGAGAGUGCCCACCGUGCGGCCUCUCGGACCCCCUCCGACACCCUCGCUGCCGAGUUUGCAGAGUAUGUCACUCUCACACCACCACAACCCAACCAGGCAAAGAUCGAGUUUGCUAUGAAGUUGGGUUACUCGGAGCGGUUGGCGCGGACAGCGAUACAGCGGUUGGGCCCCGACCCGCCGUGCAACGAGUUGUUGGCGGAGCUGAUCAAGCUGGCCGCCAAGCAGCCGCCGCGCGCGCUGUCGCCCACUCCGCCCGCGGAACCAGACCCGCCACCCGACCGCGCGCCGCUCAGGCACAUCGUCAUAGACGGCAGCAACGUCGCUAUGAGCCAUGGCAACAAAGAAGUUUUCUCGUGUCGCGGUAUUGAAAUCUGUGUGGAGUGGUUCCGUGCACGCGGCCAUCGAGAGAUCACAGCAUUUGUGCCCAAAUGGCGAAAGGAAUCAGCACGUCCCAACAACCCCAUAGUGGACAGAGACGCGCUCGAGCGCCUGGAGCGGGACAGAGUGCUCGUGUACACUCCCAGCAGACUGCUGGGCGGCAAGCGCCUCGUCUGCUACGACGACCGCUAUAUCCUUCGUCUUGCAGCUGAAACCGAUGGCAUCGUAGUGUCCAACGACAACUAUCGCGACCUCGCUGUGGAGAACCCAGACUUCCGGAAAGUAGUCGAAGAGCGUCUACUUAUGUAUUCUUUCGUGAACGACCGAUUUAUGCCUCCGGAUGAUCCGCUCGGUCGCUCGGGACCAACGCUGGACGCGUUCCUGCGCGCGCCAGUGUCCCGCGCCGAGCCUCCGCCUGCCUGUCCGUACGGUCGCAAGUGUACGUACGGCAACAAGUGCAAGUUCCACCACCCGGAGCGCGCGGGCAGGCCGCAGAAGUCUGUCGCGGAGAAACUGUCCGAGCGCGCCGCCAAGACACUGCGCUCGCGCGACCUGCACACCGUCAGCCUGCCGCCCGGCGGCCGCCCGUCCGACGCCAAGCGACAGCUCGCGCGCGCGCAGUCCGCCGCGCCGCGCCUGCACGACGCCACGCUCGCCACACACUUCGACCGCGCGCAGUUGCAGGUGGCAGCCCCGCCACAGCUUCAAGUGCCGGGCCCCACGCUACAGGUCUCGGGCCCCUUACAGGUCCCGGGCCCGUCUCAGCCGCCGCCCGAGGUGAACCCGCACCGCAAGUUGGCGCGCCAGCUGACGCUGAAUCCGGCGUGCGACCCGCGCUUGCAGACGCACGCGCUGGCCGCGCGGGUGGCGAGCGCGCCGGGCGCGGGCGCGCUGCAGCACUGGGACGCGCGGCGCCGCAUGCACUACCACCUGGCGGGGAUAUUCCCCGAGGCCCAGGUGGCGGAGGCCAUGGCGGCGUACCCUGAGGAGACGGACGCGCAGACGAUGUGCGCCAUCAUCCUGGCUAGGUACCGGCCGAGCGAGGCGCGCGUGCCUCACUGAGCCCGGCCCGUUCCCCUUACUGCCGGUUUUUGAUAAAAGCCGCUCAGUAGAUAUCGCCGAUAGCGCUGAAGCUGAUCGCUGGCCACGCUCAGGCUGGUCGCGGUCGACAGGAGUUUAUACAACAUCGUGCCGAGGCCGUCGCACGUCACCAGUAGACUGCGCCAUACGAACGUAUCAUUGACGAUAGAUAGGCAUUUAUAUCUUGUACAUAUUCUAUGAUUUUUGACAUUCGCUUCUAAGAAGCGCAUGCUGAUAUUUAAUAAAAAUUAAAUAGUUUCUAGAGAUGUACAAAUACAUUUAUAUAUUUACAAAUGUACAGUUCUAUCACUUGUUGCUUGACUAUUCUGGCAUAUUUUGCUUUUUUCUAAUCCCUAUAAACCUUCAAAGGAAUAAUUUCACAAAUAUUUUUUGCAUUUAUGCGACAUAUAAAAAUUAAGACAAUUAUUGAUAUUAAAUAGCUAAAUAUGUGAUCAUAUAUAAAUUAUUAUUGGUACCAUGUAUCAAUUAUUAUUUUUAUACUAAUAUAAAACUUAAUGAAAUGUUAUGAUAUUGAGCACUAUAUAUUCUUUACAAAAUUGAUUUGUUAAAGUUAUGACGAAUUUUAAUGUAUUAAUAUG